GAUUUGAUAAGUAGUCUGCCAGACGAAAUAAUUUGUUAUAUUCUUUCUUUUCUUCCAUCCCAACAAGUUGUUGCAACCACUGUUCUCUCCAAGCGCUGGAAUCUUCUCUGGCGUUCUGUUCCCUCUUUCGAUUUCAAUACCUUUAAGGAAUAUUUUUGGCUUCUCAAAUUCGAAAAAACUCUCAAUACGUUUUAUAGCUCGGUGUACUCUUUCUUGGUUUGUCGUGGAGAUCAACUCUUGUAUAAAUUUCGCCUUAGAUGUUUCUCUUCCUUUGAUAUUACUGAAAGUAUCAAGACACGGAUUCAGACUGCUCUGAGUGGAAGUUGUAGAGUUCAAAUCAUCGACCUCUGUUGUCCUUGGGAGGACUUUGUCAUUCCAUCUGUGGUGUUUAGCUUUAAAACUCUUGUGGUUCUCAAGUUGAAUUUCAUAACAGUGGAAGAUAUUUCCUUUGUUGAUUUGCCUUUGCUUAAGAUCUUGCAUCUAGAAGAUAUUAUUUCCCCAAUAGAAAUUGAUCUGCUUCUUUCUGGGUGUCCAAAUCUUGAGGACUUAGAAGUCAGUGGUUUGAAUUGUAAAACUAAAGGAAAGUUUAUCAGAUUGCCCAAGUUGGUUAGAGUCACGAUCGAUGUACUCUUCCUUCCAUUGGAAAUAUUUAAGGAUGUUGAAGUUUCGAAAUUCGAUUAUGUAAUGCCUGUGACAUAUUUAAGUUCAACUUCAAUUGAAGGUGGAACUGGAUUGGCUUCUGGUCUUGAAAGUGCUCGAUCAUUGUCCCAAGCUUCAAAGUCUUGUCAUUGA